UGAUUGGUUGGGCUGUCACAUCAAUCAAACGUGGCUCUAAUUUGAUUGGAUGUUGGGCCGACACCGCAGACGGAUGUAAAUAAGACAGAUAGAGAGACCGCAGUGCGCGCGGCUUUCUCUCUUUAUACUUUAUAAUCCGUGAAUUUGGGGGGAAAAUAGCAAGUCUUUCCGAGUCAGAGGGCUGUGACUCGAGUCCCCACCUCUGGUGACAUCAUCAAAGAGUGACAGCGAUGACAUCAUUUGACAUCAGCAAGUCUGACAGAUGUUGACACCUUGGCAUAAUCUGAUGUCAUAUGACAUCAUUACAUCACACAUUUUUUUCUGAUAUAGGAGUGAUUUUCAGCAGAUCCGAGUUAGUCUGCACAGACACACUGCAAGAGCGGCACAAGCACACAAGCGCCACCCUUUCCUGGAAGAAAGACGGAACUUAUGUCAACUUUCUCAGAUUUAAAGACAGAAAGUUUACUCAGAAUGUCACACAGCGAAGAAUUUCAAGAGAUGGAGGUUUCCACCGAAGAACUGAACAACGCCACAGAGAGUAUUCUGCAGCAAAAUAACACUAUGAGAGAACAUGUUGAGAAUCUCUGCAAGAGAUUACGAAACAGGAAGGAUUUAGAUGCUUCAUACAAAGAGCUGAAAAAAUCACGGAAAGCUGCUAUUGGGGAAAACAAAAAACUGGCGCAGCAGCUGGAGAGUCUAAGAGUGGAUAUUGAAAAGCAGAUACACGUGGAACAAAUGUGUAAAGAAGAAAGGACAAAAAUGUCUCAAGUCUCAGAAAGUAACCAAGAACUGAGAACAGUGACGAACGCACUUCAGUCCAAACUUCAGCAACUGAACGACAUGAAAGAAGAAAUUUCUGGCAUCAAGGCUGAACGAAAAACUUUGGAACAAGAAAACAGAGGUCUGGAAUCUCAACUGAAGAAACUCCAGAAAAAGACUGCCCGCAAAGCACACCUGGAACCGGAUUUGAAAAAAGAAUUUGAUGAAUUCCAGGCGUUGCAACAGCAAACUGAUGAACUAAGGCAAAGCCUUCAGGAGUUGCAGACAGAAAAUGAGGAACAGAAGAGGAUGGAAGAGAACUAUCCUUCAAUGAAAGAAGAACGGUCUCAACUCACAGUUCUGAAGGUUCAACUGGAAAAAGAGAUUACUGAUCAGAGAAGGCAGAAAGAGGAAACACGUCAGCUGAUUGCUCGACGUGAGGAGGAUAAGAGAGAGCAGGAAUCGCUUAGAGAACAAAUAAACGUUCUCACAGCCGAAAGAAACACACUGGAAGAUGAUCUGCAACACCGUAAAACGCUGGAGUCUGAAUGUAAGGAGAUACAAGCAGAAACCAAUGACUUAGUGAAACAGGUUUUCAACCUGACACAAGAUUCUGCAGAGCUGAAGGACAUGAUUUCAGUGUUUGAUGGUGUGCAAGAAAAACUCAAUGUUGUAAAGGAGGAAAAUUUGAAGGUGAAGACCAAAAAAGACCUUCUUCAAAACCAAAUCCGGGACCUUCAGGUUCAGAUGCAGAAUUCACAACAGGCAGUCGGUUCUCUAGAGAAAGAAAUCAAAGAUCUCCAGGAGAAAAGUAAAGAAGUAAAGGAGGUUCAGGCUGAAUAUGACAGAAUCUCUGACAAAAAGUCCAAACUGGAGGACAAGAAGAAGCAGCUUCAGGACGAGGUUUCAGAUCUGAAACAGCAGCAGAAGGAAGUCCAGGAACUGGCUGUUCAGUACAACAACGUUCUGGAUGAACUAAGACCCCUUCAAGAGGAAACUAAGAACCUCAGAGAGGAAAGGAAAAUGCUGACUGAUCUUCUGAAACAGCGUCAGACACUGGAGACGGAAUAUAAUGGCAUCAAAGCAGAAGCUGACCGUUUGGAGGAUGAAAACGUUGACCUUCAAGUUGAUGUUGCUGAUCUGCAGAACAAGAUUAAUGCCUUGAAUGAUGUUCAGGACAAAGUUUUGAAAACAAAGGAGGACAAUUUGAAGAAGAAGCAACAACACGACCUUCUUCAAAACCAAAUCCAAGACCUGCAGGUUCAGAUACAGAAAGAGUUCAACUGA